AACAUUCUAGGCAUCCAAAACCAACUCACCUUGCAUCUCUCUUUCUCUCUAAAAACAAAUCAUCUACAAAAUGUUUUGAAUUUGCAGUUUGCAGCUGCAAAAUGCGACAGUAACAUUGCGGUUAAAGCAGUCAUCACAGCCUAUGUGUUUGACAGCUACAUUCAUACAAAACAAACUGCAUUUUGCCGUAAUUGUCGCAACUAUAUUAAGAGUUAACAAAAAAGAAAAUCAACAUUAAUUAUUUAAAUUUCUUUUUAGUGUUCUAAGACAUUGUUAAUUGACAAAAACUAUGAAAAUGGAUUCUUCAUAUGGCGGCUCUUUUUUCCUUCUGCUUUCUCUGUUCUUAGCCUUCAGCACAUGUGCAUUUGGUGAUGAUAUAAAUGCUGAUUUUGACAACCUCUUUGGAGAAAAUAGGGUUGACAUAUCAGGUGAUGGCCAAACCAUGUUCCUCACGAUGGAUGAAUACUCUGGCUCAGGUGUGGUGUCAAAAAAUGAGUACUUGUUUGGACGAUUUGAUAUGAAAAUCAAGCUUGUUCCUGGAAACUCUGCAGGAACAGUCACUGCCUAUUAUCUAAGCUCUCAAGGAGCAUACCAUGAUGAGAUUGAUAUGGAAUUCUUGGGAAACUUGUCUGGUGAUCCUUAUCUGCUCUCAACAAAUGUAUAUGCCGAUGGUGUUGGGGGCCGUGAGAUGCAAUUUUAUCUUUGGUUUGAUCCCACAGAAGACUACCAUACUUAUUCAAUUGAUUGGAACCCUGAGCGCAUUAUACUCUUGGUGGAUAACAUUCCAAUCAGAGUGAUACAGAACAGGGAAGACAUUGGUGUUCCAUUCCCUACACAUAGACCCAUGAAGGUGUACACCACUCUUUGGAAUGGAGACUCAUGGGCAACAAGAUGGGGAGAGGUGAAGCUUGACUUGUCAAACGCUCCCUUCGUGGCCGGCUUCAAAAACUUCCAUGCCAAUGCUUGCGUCCCUGGGCCAGAUGCAGAUUGCAAAAGUUUCAAUGGAGGAAAAUACAGAGGCCUUGGUACUGAAACCAAGAUGCAUUUGCAGAAUGUCCGGUCUAAAUGGGUGGUUUAUGACUAUUGCCGGGAUCUCAGGCGCUACGCUCACGGUCUUCCAUAUGAAUGCCGCAAGGAAAAUCUAUUACAAGAUGAAUGAAUAGAGGAUAAUGAUAUCACAGUCAUUCUGCAUAAUAUUUUUUGAAGGCCAAACCAUGCAAAUAUUGGAUGAUAUCAUGAAGGAAAGUUUGCAUAACUAUGACACAAGAUGUAGCUGUUCUAUUCUUUUAAUAUGUUGGAGUUGCCAUGAAAGGAUGCUACUAUAUUGGAAGGCAGUGGAUUUUGACUUAAUGGCCUAAUUAACCCUUUUGAUAGAUGUUCUAAGAAUAUUUGUUUACUUUAAUUUUAUGUCUCUCUAUUUUGUAUGAGCAUAAAAAAAUAAGGAAAAAUUAUUUAA